AUGAACGGAAUCACCAGACUACUUUAUGUUCUCUGCUCAAUCUUUCUCAUACCUUUCACAAUAGCAACAGCAGCUUCACAAUUCCACUUAGACUUGAAUCGAGAUUCAUCUAAAUGUUUCAUCGAAUGCCAUCAACGAGUAGUGAAUACAAUCCAAAUUCCAGGAACUGGUACUAAUGCUUUUGCGUGGAUACACAAGAACUGUGAAUACGAUACUUGGAAAACACUCUUGUCACAGUGUCUUCCAGUAGUCUGCACAUCCGCACCUGACGUGGCAUAUGCGAUUGAAUACGGACAACAUUUCUGUUCUCGUGCAGGAGUGGAUGUGAUCAUUCUUUUAACGGAAGAAUACGCCCAAAGUGCCAAUGGCAGUUAUUUCAAGUCGGAAGAAUACUUGGCUGCUUCUUCAGGCGAGAAGACGAUGUUUACCAUGGGAAUUGCGUCCGUAUUCGCAUUGAGUGCGAUCGCAGUUCUCUUUUUGGUGGUAUGA